AUAGUUUAAAUAAAAACAAAUAAAAUUACCUAACUACCCUCACCCACCCAAUCCCUCUUCUUCCCUUUCUUUCUUUCUCUUUCUUUCUUUACUACCCUGGGUCUCCACCAGGCUGGAUUCCGAUGGCUUUGGAACCCAGCUUUGCUGGGUUCGGGGAGAUCCAGCCAGAUCUAGGUUUGACGAAACCCAGAUCUGGCUGGGUUCCGUCGAAUCCAACAAGGCUGGGUCUCAUCAAACCCAACCUGGCUAGGUCUCCCUUGCUGGGUCUCCCCUGCUGGGUUCCGAUGAGACCCAGCAAGGCUGGGUUCCGACGAGACCCAGCAAGGCUGGGUUUACCCGAACCCAACUGCUGGGUUCGACAAGACCUAGCUGGGUUCCGAUGAACCCAGCUUUGCUGUUUCGAUGUUGGAUUCAUGUUUUUUCAUUCUUCUUUGGAUUUUCAUUUCCAGUUGUUAAUAAAUUUGAGAGUUGAUU